CAGGGGGAACUUGGUUUCUGAUAACUCCUUACCCCCAAGCAUUUUUCCAUCUAUUAAUUUAUAAGCAGGUUCAUAAACAGGAUUAAAUCAGUAGGCAUCCCUUCUAAAGUCCUCAGAGCGUUGCCAUCGCUCAUGGAUUGAUAUGGUAGACACCAAGCUACACUGUAAAUGGGCAUGUAUGUACAUUAUGCACACAAUUGUACUUCUAUGUGUGUGGUAAAUAGCGUAUUGACUGUUGGGGAUUAUCUUUGUGAGUUUAAACAUUCCUGUGAGGUGGAUAUCCCAUUUGCGGAGAGUACGGGGCAUAUUGGAUAUCGUAACAUUCCUGGGAUUAAUGGAUGCUGGGGAGAGUUUGUUCCAGCGGCCUUCCCUGGGAUCUCCCUGAUCUGGAGUACCGUGCCCUCCUUGGUGGAUUAAUGGGUCACCCUAUUUUCGUAUAACGACCAAGAAUACAUAUUUACACAUUUUAAGACUCAUUAACUAGUUUUUGGAUGAAUAGAAAUUGGGUUCUCGAUCAUUCUGCAACCCUUCCAGUGGUGUUUUCAAGUGCAGCGCUUUCCUUGUGGUCCGGAGUCAUGUGGAUAACCUAACCCGGAUAUGUAUUCCCCUAUUGGAUUAAAACUGGCCAAUCACGAAAGGAUAUUCUAUCAUUCGAUAAAGGUAUGGGUUUUCCGGUUUUGUGAUGGGAUUAUGUUUGAUAUCAGGGUUUAAGAAUUAAAUGCUGGGAGACCUCAACUGUUGAUCAACUUUGUAGAGAAACGACAAAGGGUGAGCAAAUUAUACACUUUUUUUUUUUUAUCCAAACAAAUUUUUGUUGUUGGUUCAAAUAAUUUGUUAUAUUUUGCUCUUGAAAGAGUGAGACUUUCCAAUGGAUGUAGGGGGAAGCAUUAAACAGAAUCGCGUAGUAGAGGAUUGGAUUAUUUUGGAAUCAUACAAAUCAAUACAAUUACAUGGAAAUAUGGGGCUGAAGAACAUGGGACUGGAUGUCAGUGGAGAUACCUGCUUUCUGUCAGUGGAUUACCUCCCUUCUGAAUGUGGAACUACAUCUGUCCAUCCUUGGAUACAAUUAUUCUCAUAAUCAGAAAAGAAAACAUCCUGUCAACAUCAAAUAAUUAGCCUACUGCCUUUCAGGCAACUGUACCUAUGAGGGAGAAUCAUGGAGUUUAAGACAUGGAUUACUACUGACAAAUAAACUGUUAUUACAAUAUCAUUUUUGCUUCAAUGGAUCUAGUUGGACAAUUUCUCAAUUUUGCACAUAGAAUGUGGCGGACUAUUAAAGAUUAAAUACUUUUUUCCCACUAGUGUGCCAUGAUGUUCCAGACUCAUUGCUCAUGGGGAAUCAAUAGAGCACUGUUUACAGAAGCUGGACAAUUGUAUAUAGAUUAUUGAUUUGACUGGACUAUGUUGCCUAUUUUCCAUGAACAUUUAAAAAUGGAUCUGUUAUGUUUUAUGUAACCAUUUUUGAAAGAAUAGUUUAGUCUGACUUCCUAUGACUAUUUUCCACCACAGCAAAAUCUUGUUACAAUUGGAUUAGAUUUUUGGAUUAGUUGAUAUUCCAGUCCCUCAAAGCAAGUGACGAUUCCCACCAUACUGAUGAGGAUGACUAUUUUGAACAUAAACCUGCCCGGGAUAUAUAAUUUUUUAUACUAACCCUACAGUUUUCCUUUUUGCUCACAAAGUUCUGUCUCCCUAGAUUGUAUUUGGAAUUGUAGAUCGGGUUACCGCUGUUUCAAAAGGACUGCUGAAAUUCGGGAUCGAGCAUAUGAUCACAGUGCCUAUGGUCAUCACGAGCGUGCUAGCAGCAGCUUUGACCGGCAGCGUCACUACGACACAGACUAUUACCGAGAUACCAGGGAGAGAAUGCUUAACUCUGUGACUGGAACUGCCUGUGGAGGUGGUGGGGCUGUCUCUGCAGGGAUCAGUGGAGGGGUUGUAGGUGCUGGCAUCAGUGGAACAGGUGGUGGGGCUGUGGCUGGAGGAAGUGGAGGAUCUUCAUCUGUUGGUGUGGGAUACUAUCGUUCACAUAGCCGAAGCCCUAGCCACUUUGAUACACCAGAACCUCGAUAUGAGCCUCGUGCCAGAGAACCAUUUAUACUGGCCAGCGUAGUUCACAGGGAUUUGUACCAAGAAGAGGGAGGUCGGCGUAGAGAUCGGUCUUACCACGACAGUCGCAGCCGAUCUCCACACUCUACACAUUCACGUAACCCCUCUCCACAAAGGUUGUCGACUCAGGCAUCCCGGCCUCCCCGCUCCCACAGUGGCUCUGGCUCUCGCAGCCGUUCCUCCAGUUCCGACUCAGUCAGCAGUACCAGCAGCAGCACCAGUGGCAGCAGUGAUUCCAGCAGUAGUUCAAGUGAUGGCUCCCCAGCACGUUCAGUUCAGUCUGCUGCCGUCCCUGCACCUUUAUCUCUGCCUUUAUCUGCCCUUGACAAGGAUGAGCCUCGAAAAAGCUUUGGUGUCAAGGUCCAGAAUCUUCCUGUGCGUUCGACAGAUACAAGUCUAAAAGAUGGCCUGUUCCAUGAGUUCAAGAAGUAUGGGAAGGUGACGUCUGUGCAAAUCCAUGGAGCUUUAGAGGAGCGCUAUGGACUAGUGUUCUUUCGCCAGCAGGAGGACCAGGAAAAGGCCCUGGCUGCAUCAAAGGGGAAGCUGUUUUUUGGCAUGCAAAUUGAGGUCAUUGCCUGGAACGGCCCUGGUGCGUCCACAACUGAGACUGAAAGCGAGAAUGAGUUCCGGCCUCUGGAUGAGAGGAUAGAUGAGUUUCACCCCAAAGCCACACGGACUCUGUUUAUUGGCAACCUGGAAAAGACCACCAGCUACCAUGAUCUGCUCAAUAUCUUUCAGCGCUUUGGGGAGAUAGUGGAUAUUGACAUCAAGAAAGUUAAUGGUGCCCCUCAGUAUGCCUUUCUACAGUACAGUGACAUUACCAGUGUCUGUAAGGCCAUAAAGAAGAUGGAUGGAGAGUACCUCGGCAACAAUAGGCUAAAGCUUGGAUUUGGAAAAAGUAUGCCCACAACUUGUGUUUGGUUGGAUGGUUUAGCCUCCAACAUCACAGAGCAGUAUCUCACUCGACAUUUCUGUCGUUAUGGACAUGUUAUCAAGGUUGUAUUUGACAGACCCAAAGGAAUGGCCCUUAUACUGUAUAAUAACAUAGAAUAUGCACAGGCAGCUGUUAAGGAGACCAAGGGGUGGAAGAUUGGUGGCAACAAAAUUAAGGUGGACUUUGCCAAUCAGGAAAGUCAGAUGGCUUUCUAUCACUCAAUGCAGGCAUCUGGGCAGGACAUUCGCGACUUCUAUGAAAUCCUAUCUGAGCGAAGGGAUGAGCGCAGGCCGCAAUUUGAGUUUACAGCUGAACGGCCAUUCUUUGACAAUAGUGUACGAACACCUGGAGGAACCUUCACAGAAGAUCCCCGUCGCAAGUUACCUGACAGAGGCCGCGAGUUCUACACAGAAUGGGACUCAUACCAGGGGGAUUUCUAUGACCCGCGUUACUUUGAUGACCCGCGUGAGUACAGAGAUUACAGAGACCCCUAUGAGCAGGACAUCCGCAAAUACAGUUACUUGCAGAGGGAACGUGAGCGUGAGCGCUUUGAAACAGACCGUGACCAUGGGCGGAGAACAAUGGAACACAGCCAGAGCCCUUCUCACCCUCAUCGCCCUGCCAGUCCUACAGCGUCCCACUCCCUCUCUGAGCGUCUACCAAAUGACUCUGAUCGCCGCAUUUGCUGUAGAUCCUCAGAGCGAAGUGCCAGCUGCAGUUCACUCUCACCUCCAAGAUUUGACAAGGCACGAACUGAUCGGUAUAAUAAGAGUGAUAAGCCAGAGAAGGAUAGACCAUUUGAAACUGAACAUGGUACUGGGGGUGAUAAGGAAAAGUGGUCUGGGCGCAAGGAGAAGGGUGAGAAACAGAGGCUGCGAAAGCUUAAAUUGCAAUCUCCCAGCGUUCCAUCGCCUGAGACGGUGCCUAAACUGGAAAGAGAAGUUAGUCCAGAUGCAGUCCUUCGAAGCAAAGUUAGCAAGUUUCCCCUUAAGGAAAAAGAAGGCUCAGGCAAAGGACGGCUAGACCUACCACCUUGUGUGGUGCAGCUAACACGUGUGAAGGAGAAGGAAGUGAACUUGCUUGGUCAUGCUGUCCUAGAAAAACAAAGAGUUAGAGGUGGGAAUGACAGUAUCCGGCUUGCAUCACCUUCAAGGGAUCAGAAAAGUCCUCCCUUCCGCAUAGAUCACCAAAAAGGAGAUAUAGUCAAGCAUGGGAAGGUGCCAAAAGACAACCACCUUGAAGUUGUUGACAAGGAUGGUAAAAUGAAAGCCAAAAAACAUAUGAAAGCUGACCCUAGGUAUGAUGGUUCUAACUCUGUGGAUGUUGACCGUCUAGCUGCACGAAAGAGGCGUUUUGAAGACUCCAUGGGGAAGACCGAUCAACUGAAGAGGGAGAGUCCGGAAGAGGUCAGUAGACUGGGACUUAGGAAGACACCUGACAGUGCUAUGGCAAAGGAGAAUGAGGGUGAAAAGAGCCUAUUGCGCAAAGUGGUGCAUAAGAUGGAGCAUUGCAAGGCUAAAUCUGAGAGACUUGUUACUGUUUGCAGUCCUAAAGAUGAACAAGAGUCUGAAAUAGUCUCCAUGGGAAUGGGGCUUGGACUCAGUUUGGAACUUCAGUCACGACUUGGAGAACCAACAGAAGAGGCAACAGAUCCAUUAGACCCAACCUGUCUGAAAAUUCAGUUUUGGGGAUCAAGUCUCACGAAAAUCUCUGAUGGGAGUCUUGACCAGGACGCAUUCACACAACUGCCGCAACAAGACAAUGGCGAGCAGGGUGUAGGACUAUAUAAAAGUAGAGGGGAGACUGAGGAACGACUUAAGUCUGACCUUGACCUCUCUCAGACCUGCAGAAAACAAAUGGAACAGAGCCGACAAGAGCCUGACAAAUCACAUAAAUCAGAAAGCCCACAAGAUGGCGACACAGAGGACUUUGAACGGUGCAGUCUGGUGCAUGAGGUAGGAAAAACACCUCAAGAUGUUACAGACGAUUAUCCAUCUAGCAAACGUAAGAAAUCCGAGAGUUUUGACUUUGACUUGCUAAGUGGUAAGAGAGACCGCAACUACAGGUCUUCCUUUCCUUCAAAUGAAGAAGAGUGUGCCUCCCGGUUAGCACAAUCAGUUGCCAAUAAAGAGAUUAAAGACUCUCCAAAAGAAGAGGACAAAGUCUACUCGCAUGUAGAUUCAUUGAAAUACAGCUUGGACAUGACACCUAAUUGUUUCCGUUCCCCUAUCACAGAAUUUCCUAAGCUUAAAACAGCAUUGCUUGGGUGUAACGAGCAGUUACUUCAACGAUGGGAGAGUAGAAUCAAAUCUGACUGCCUCAGAAUGGACAUGACCUUCCCCAGUAGCAUUGUGAAACAAGAAAGCAUUUGCAAACGUCUUGUGUGUGAACUAGAGCCUGGAGAAGUAUCGUCAGAUUCAGAUGAUGAUGGUGAGAACAAAAACCACUCCCCUAAGCCCAACACCUCACUGUCCUCUAUCCUCGGGGAACGUGAAGAAAGGUUGACAGGCCUCAAGCUCUCAUGCUCCCUGGAGAAGAACAAGUUCUAUUCUUUUGCAUUAGACAAGACUAUCACUCCAGACACACAAGCACUUCUUGAGCGAGCCAAGUCAUUGUCCUCCGCAAGGGAGGAUAAUUGGUCUUUUCUUGACAGAGACUCUCGCUUUGCCAGUCUUCGCGGUGGCUCAGACAAAGAAAAGGUAGAGUCUGUACCACGACCUAUCCCGUCUUGGUACAUGAAAAAGAAGAAGAUUCGUACUGACUCUGAAGGUAAACUGGAUGACAAUAAGAAAGACCCCAAAGCAGAGGAUCUGGAACGGCAGGAGCUGUUUGCAUCUCGUUUUCUUCAUAGUUCAAUCUUUGAGCAAGAUUCACGGCGUCUACAACAUCUUGAGCGCAAAGAUCCUGAGUUGGGAGUUGGCAGACAUCCUGCCAAACAGGAUGCUGUCAAAGGACAACCUGGGCCAUGGGGAGGGGACCUUCAAGAGCCCAUAGUUCUUUUUCAUAGCCGCUUUCUGGAGCUUCAACAACAGAAGGAGACCUCAUGGGGCCACUUUCCACAAGAAAUUGAAAGUGUUGAUGAGAGUGAACAAGAAGUGUCUCCCAAGGUUUUAGAGUUCCUGCAGAAGGCCGAUAUUAAAUCAGUCAGCCCUGCUCUCAUCUUGCCAAUUUCACAGUUUCUUUCUUCACCCAGAGAGAUUUCUCCACAGCAGGAGAAAGAGGUUGUUUUAACUACUUCAUCCUCUGAACAGACUCUUUCACUGAUUGAAGAGGAAAAAGUAGAACAUAAUCUGGAAGUUUUCCCACCCCAAUCUCCUCUAGUAGAGAUCCAACCCCCUGCCUCAAUUUUAAUCACACCCUUAUCACCUUUCCUUUCAGAUGCUGAGGUUAAAGUUGAACCUAAAGAGGUAUUAUGUGAACCCAGAGUUACAACUGAAGGCAAUCUUACAGUGGAUCAUACAUCUUUCCUUGAUAAUAUGCCUCCCACUCCUGGUGCCUCAUUAAGUAGUUUUGAGGCAAAUGCUGCUGAAUUCACCAGUUCUGCUUCCCCCAAGGUUGACGAAAAUAUAGAAAUGGUAAAGAUAGAGACCCAACCAGAGAAACCAUAUUCGAAGGACUUUGACAAACCUCAGAAAUCUGACGAUUCCCAAGAGGUUCACGUACCAGUUUCAGAGGCUGGAAUCAAACCAGCAAAGCCAAUUCGCAAACAACCCAAGAGUAAAAGAGCUAAGCCAAAUGUGUCAGUAACACAAAUCCUGGAGCCCCCCAAAACCGCUGUCUCUGAGAAACCAGUAACUCGAAAGAGUGAGCGAAUUGACAGAGAGAAGCUGAAAAGGUCUUCAUCUCCACGAGGAGAAGUAUUAAAGGCAUCAUCAGAACCUAAAACCACAGCCAAGUCACCAGUUAAUGUCCCUGACUCUGAGAAUGAAUCAAUCCUAAUCCACGGAAGGAGCAGACGACGAAAUAUUCGGUCAGUUUAUGCCACACAGUCUGAAGGGGAUGCCCAGCCACCAUGUAAAGAGGUGGUGGAGUCCUCCUGCUCCACCCGUAAGUGUGGUGUCGAUAAGGAUCUAGUGCUGCAGCAGGAUGCAUUGAACACAUCUACCUACACAAGGCGAGGUCGCCCACCCAAGUCACGCAGGCGAGGGCAAGAUGUGUCACCAGUGAAAGGGGACUCGCAAAAAUCAUCAGAGGAAGACGGUGACAUAAAAGAGCCUGCGAACACUGGACAGGGUUCUAGAAUGUCUGAGGGGUGGUGUUCACCCCUUAUGCAGAACGUGCAGACAGCUAAAGUGUCUUCACUUACUGGGGCUUCAAUUGGUAGGAAAGCAAGUAGACUAGACAAACAAUCCAAGAGUGAAACAUCAUCAGGAGAGAAGUCAGUUGAUAGUACAACUACUGAAGAGCCUGAGCCCAAAAUAAAAGAUGAGUCCGAAGAAGCAGGGAAAUUAUUAGAGGAAGCAAUGCAAUGCUUGCCAACACAGAAAGACGAAGGAGACAAAGUGCUAACUGAUCAAAUUGAGAAAAAGUAUUCUGAAGGGGACAUUGAGAGGCUAGAAUCUACCCAUGUGGAGAAAAGACAACAAUCUGAAAAGAGUGGGAAAGUAAAAGCACCAAGGUUUACACGAAAUGCCAAAUUGGUGACGGAGGAUAAAUCGCUUGGCUUGAGAAACCUUGAGAUUCGUGUAAGCUUAGAUGAUGUGAAAGGGUUGCUUUGCUCUGAGGAGGAUGAGGCUGUAUCUUUUGAGACCACUGCUAAAAAUGCCAAACCAGGAGUACCAGAUAAAGAAGAAGCAAGGACUCAGUGUUAUCUGAAAGAUGCUGCAGAGUUCAGCCCAGAGGAAAGGGAAGAUGCUCUGUUAGACCCUGAACAAACGGUAGACCCAGCAGCCGCUAUUUUGGCACGUCAGAUGGAACUGGAACGGGCAGUGGAGAAUAUUGCCAAACUUACAGUUGUGCAACCUCUUCAACCCUAUAAGGAACCACCUGCAGAGCCACCUACCCUGCUGCCCCCUGUCACUAUAGAACCAGAGAAUGAAAUGGAGGGGGUGAAGUCAGCUAUUCCUGCCAGUGAAACCGAACUAGCUGCUGCUAUAGAUUCCAUUACUGCGGAAGACGUAUCUACUGAUACAGAUGGUUUCACAGCUCCUUCCACUUAUACUGCAAUUGUUCCUACCCCAGAGCCUCUGGUCUUACCCUCUGCCAAUGAUGUCUUGGAACCAGAAACACACAUGGCUAUCAGCAACAUUAUUGACCCAGACCCAGAGAUGGGAGUUUUGAUUCCCAGUGCCAAACCCCUGAUGACAGAUGCUAAAGCCUCUGAAUCAACAGUCUCUGGGGCCUCUGCCGAAGAUGAGUCUCUUCCAUCAGAAACACACACAAAAAAAGGGAAAGCAGUCAGACUUAAGACUCCAAAGAGGUCCAGAGGACGAAAGGCUGUCAACCGGAAGGGAGAGACUGCUGAAGAGGUAUCAGAAGCUGAGACCUCCCCCUUCAAGCUACCAGAGUCCAUUCCUGAAGAAAUUGAAGUCAUCAACUCUAAGGCAGCUACUGCUACAGCAACAGCCACUGUUGUCACCUCAGCUGCUACCUGCAAAUGUGAUAUCACAUGCACCAUGACUGUGAACACUCCCAAGGAGGCAGAACAACCUGCUGUGGAACAACCCGUACCUGAAGAAUCAGCCUUUCACUCUAGCACCAAGAGACUUCCUCAUUUCAAAAAGUUUCAAAUAUCCGCAGUAGCCCCUGCUCUCUCUCCAUCCCCUGCUCUCACACCUUCUCCAACCCAAUUGAAUGUCCCUCUACCCUGCCAAGGCAAGAUGCCUGUUUCACCAGACUGGCUUCACAGAUCUGAAGAAAGUAUAAUACAUGCUACUCCUGCAACUCUAGUUUCUGUAUUGACUCCCUCUGCACCAGCAGUAACAGCGCUUGGAAGCCAGUCGGAAAAUCCACUUAUGCCUCCUGAUACUAAGGCAUCGGAUAUUGACCCUAGCUCCAGCACUCUCAGAAAGAUCCUCAUGGAUCCCAAAUAUGUGUCGGCAUCAAACAGCAAUGCCAUUCCUACUACAGUGCUAACCACAACGCAGGCAGAUCCUCGCAUGUCAGAGAAUGAAAACUCAUCUGACACAAUGGCUGCUCGGCACAUGCAUCCUGAAGACAGACCCUUGCCUUUCACUCUUCAAAAACCGUCCCCGCUCACCGAGACCCAGCAGAACUUUGGAGAGAAGAUGGUGCAUUCAGUCAUUUCUUCUCCUACUACCUCUGUCAUCAGCCGGAUUCCAAUGCCCUUUGACACUGAGGAAGCACCUCGAAUCUCCCUAAGUAACCGUAAUGCUGGCCUAUCUCUAACCAAACAGAAAUCCAGAUCAAGUAUGAACGAGAACAACUGUUACCAUGGAGUGGAUGUGGCAGAAGAUGUAAACUGCAGAGGACGGUCUGUAGUUGAGAGCACACCCUACAUCACAGGCUCCAGUCGUGGCCUCAGGGUAAAUACAUCAGAGGGUGUGGUAGUACUAAGUUACUCAGGGCAAAAAACAGAGGGACCUCAACGGAUCAGCGCCAAAAUUAGCCAGAUCCCACCGGCCAGUGCAGUUGACAUAGAGUUUCAGCAGUCUGUGUCUAAAUCUCAGAUUAAGCAAGAACCAUUUGCCCCAUCCCAGCUUUGCACCCCCAAGGGACCCCUGACACCCACAGGGUACGGACACCCGGGGGUACUCUUAACUGGCCAUACAUACAAUUCUCAGCCUGUCAUCUCCACCAUUAAGCAGGAGAGUCCUGGUUCUGAAAAGUCAGAGUCGUCAUAUCACACUGGACCCCAGGGUAGCGCAGUAAAGAUGUUUCAACAACCAGUCACUAGUCCUCAAAUAUUGAUGUACAAUCGGGCUGUGAUGCAGCAGCAUGUAAAGAAAGAGCCUGGAGCAGAAUCCAAACCAAUGAUGGUGGAUAUGGCAAAGGCACACCAGACAUCCAACCUCAGCCCAAUCAUGAAUCCACAUUACCCAUCUUUGACUGGAAACCGCAUGAGUCCUAGUCCCAGUACCCCUUCUGAUCGGUCAGUCCCACACCUCAAGCAAGAGCCUCAUUCCCCUCGAGCAACGGGCCACUCACCUUUACCCUUUGCGAAAGUUUGCUCUCCCAGAAACUCAAUGUCCCCCCAUGCCGGCUCUAUGGUUUUGCAUCCUGGCAUGCCUGAGAUGUCUCCAUAUGUUGCCAGUAUGCACCACCCCCACCCAGAGCAGUCUGUUAUAAUGACCCCGGUGUCACACAGCGUCACCCAGUCAGUGUCUAUAUGUCACCUCUCGCACAGUGAUGUCAGGAUGAAUACCCCACAGCUCUCUGGAAUGAGUCAUGGAAGACGGGCGAAUUCCCUGCCAUCUCCCCGCACUGGACCUCCUCAGCACGCCAACACCAUCAGAGAAAUGGUGCUGCAGUCACAUGCAGGCCCCACUCGGGGAGCCUCAGACAGCUGUGCUGAAGAGAACAUGAAGAACUACCACCAGGGGCUGUGCAGACCCUCUGCACCCCAGCUCCAGUCAGAUGUGAUGAUGAUGCAGGCAGAGCAGCACAGAGGGCUGCAUCAUGCAGGCCUACGUCUGGACCAGUACAGCAUGGCCUCCCGAGACAUCAGAGACAUGCGCGACAUACGGGACAUGCGCAUCCUGAUGCACCAUCAACUAGGAGAGCACACCAUUGCAGAGGGACGUCGGUCACAAACUCCUGAGGCAGGAGCAACCUCAAUCACCAACCUCUCUGCUGCCUCCAAGAGUCCAAAAGGAAUGACGCAGAUCCGGAAGGAGAUUCCUAAAACAUUGGAGGCAAAGAUGUCUCACCCACCUCAUACUGAGAGCAGCAGGAUCAUGGGGGUCCAUCCAUCUGUCCCUGUUAUGGUGUCUCCUCAUCAUCCUCAAGGUGUUCAGAUGAUUCAUCCAGGUGGCACUGGCUCCUUCCCAUUGUACCGGGAUAUGCAGGGCUUCCACUCCCAGUUUUCCCGUCACUCUUCGAUGGGAUUGAACUUGGCUCCCCGCGGCAUCACACCUUCACAGGAUGGUGAUCUCAGCCACAGGGGCAAGCUAUCUCAGUCACUCUCUGCUGGGUCACUUGGUGGAGGAAGUGAAACCAAAUCGGACAACUCCCACCUCCGUCACACAGCCUCCAUGGACGUAUCCCACAUGCCCCGGAUGCAGAGGGACACCAUUUCACCCUCUUAUACUUCUCCCAUGGCUCUCUCCCACAAGCAAGAGCUAGCUCUGCAGAAGGGCCCACCACCAGUCUUCAUGCCGAGCCCUCCAGUAGCACCCCUCGCAAGUUCCUCACAGUGGCACCCUGAGAGUAAACUGGGGCACUCAGGAUACCGGUCCGUCGAUAUGGUGCAGCUUUUAAUGAAAUACCCCAUCAUAUGGCAAGGCCUGCUGGCACUGAAGAAUGACUUGGCUGCCGUGCAGCUCCACUUUGUCUCUGGCAACAACGUUCUGGCCCACCGUUCACUGCCGCCAUUGGAGGGAGGGGCCCCGCUCCGCAUCGCACAGAGGAUGAGGUUGGAAGCAUCCCAGCUUGAGGGCGUGGCUCGCAGGAUGAUGGUGGAGAGUGACUACUGCCUCCUGCUAGCUCUGCCAUGUGGACGGGAUCAGGAGGAUGUUCUCAGUCAGACCCUUCUCCUGAAAGGAGGCUUCAUCACCUACCUACAGCAAAAACAGGCAGCUGGGAUCAUCAAUGUCCCCAACCCCGGCUCCAAUCAGCCGGCAUACGUGGUGCAGAUUUUUCCGCCAUGUGAUUUCUCUGAGAGCCACCUGUCGCGGCUCGCCCCCGACCUUCUCAACAGUAUCUCCAGCAUCUCCCCUCACAUCAUGAUUGUCAUUGCCUCCGUGUAAUACCUCCAAUAGAAAAACUCCAUUCUCUAGAACCCAACAGAAUCAAGCCAACACCAGCCUUUUUGGACUUUCAUCCAGGUUAGAAAACUGGAAAUGCCUCAGUUUGGAUGGGUUUGACCUCUUUUUGUUGUUUUUAAAACAUGCACUCACUCUUACUUCUCUUCACCAAGUCCUUAAGUCAUCCUUCCACCUCUUAUUCCGCAACUCCCUGUCUUUACGGAGAGCAUACGGAAGGGUGGAUUGGGGGUUUCAUGAUCAAUUCUAUGAUCAUACGUUUCACUUUUGCAAUCGUUGGAAGUAAACCGGAUUGUGUCUUGAUUUUGAAAGCAUUCGAUGAGACGAAGGAAUGAAAAGAGAAAGACUGCUAAGGGAUGUUUCUACUCUCAUUGAAAUAAUGAUUGUGAUUUUAUUUACAUCUUUUGGGAAUUUUCUUAGAAAACAGAUCAAAUCAGUCAUUGCACUAUGUUGAGAAAAAAAAACAUUAUCUUUGUACCGAUUAGAGAAUAAAAUGCUACCUAUUAUAAUAGACAUGCACCAGUGACCAGCUUUACUUGUGCAAGAGAAAAAUAGAAAAGGAAUAAUGUCUGCUUCAUCAAUCUUCUGUACUGCUUUUACUCUUCUACCAUCGGCCAACUUGAUUUCCUUCUACUUCAUUUCCAGAGUCAACUCUAUCCUCAGAGGUUACUAUUUGAGUUGUACAGUUUGCACUUAAUGCCUCAACAGGCGACCUAUAUAUAUAUAUAUAUAUAUAUAUAUAUCAUUUGUUUAUUUUUGUUUGUCUUAUUUACAAGUCAAGGUGUCGUAGACAAUUGCAAAACUGUAAAUAUUAUAAAUAUUUAAAGAUUAAAAAUAUGUAAGGAGGCCAAGUGGAUUAUAUGACAACUCAUCACUAUCAACCUUUUGGGGGUGGCAACUGGCAAGGACCCCUACAAAACUCCUAGGAGUGACAUUUACAAACUUUUGUUAUUAGAAUUGAUUCUGUGCCAAAAUCUCUUUCAAUGAACCCCCAGAACCUAUUUUCAUACUUGAUUUUGUAUUUGUCACUCAGAUCUACUGUACCAGCCUCUGUUUGUACUUGGUUUUUUAAAUAUAUUUUUUAAAUAUAUUUUCGUCAUCAGCCCAACCUGUUACAGCAUACAUACUACUACUCCAUUGUGAAAUCCUGUCCUCAUUUCCAUGGAGUGCCAUAAACUGUUCUAUUUGAUGAUGGUGAACAUAGUCCUUCUGUCUCUCUCCUUGUGUCCUCCACUGCCCUCUACCAUUCCUCUGAAAAUAAUCCUGGAUACCAAUAUGUGCUCCCAAAGUCAAAAAGCAAAUUACUCAAUGACAGCUGUAGCAUGCAUAACUUGAAUAAGUAAAGGGUAAAUAGAAUCCGUAAGGCAACGAAUGUGACUAAAACUUUAAACAAUGCUGGGAAUGGAUGUGUAAACUGUCUCUUUCCUUUCCCUGAACUAGUGUCUCCCUGAGCCAAUUUUGUAAAUACUCAUGUUCUCAAUAUGUGCUCUUGUGUACUUUCCCUUAUUACUGUCUCUGUUCAGGGUCCUCAUGUUUGUGUGACAAAACAAAGCAGUCCGAAAGACGAAGCUAGUUGUGAACCGAUGCAGGAAGUAAACCCUGAUUCUCAGUUUUUGUGGUGUAAAUAUUUCUAUGACUGCAGGCUGAAUACUUUCAUGGUGAUGUUGAAGGCACUUAUAAUUUUUGUAUACAAAUUACAAGAAAAUACCCCAAAAACAAAAUUAUUUAUCUUAAACUGUCUUUUGAUCAAUCUUAUUUCAUAAUUUUCAGUGUAUUUUGCUGUUCCUCCAUGAGGACAUUUUUAAACUGUAAAAUAAAUGGUUGUUUAACAUCUACAGAUCA